AUGGUAAACUUGACCUCCAAGAGUGGAUUUCUCCUCAUGGGGUUUUCUGAUGACCAUAAGCUUCAGGUUCUACAUGCACUGCUCUUUUUGGUGAUAUACCUUCUGGCCUUAACAGGCAACCUCCUCAUUAUUACCAUCAUUACCUUGGACCACCAUCUGCAUUCUCCCAUGUAUUACUUCUUGAAGCACCUCUCUCUUCUGGACCUCUGCUUCAUCUCUGUCACAGUACCACAGUCCAUUGCAAAUUCACUUAUGGACAGUGGGUACAUUUCCCUUGGUCAGUGUAUUCUUCAGGUUUUCUUCUUCAUAGCUCUGGCCUCAUCAGAAGUGGCAAUCCUCACAGUGAUGUCUUAUGACCGGUAUGUUGCCAUCUGUCAACCACUGCAGUAUGAGACCAUUAUGAAUCCCAGUGCUUGCAGGCGUGCAGUGAUUGCUGUGUGGAUGGCGGGGGCCCUCUCUGGGCUCAUGCACACAACUGUUAACUUUUCCAUUCCUCUAUGUGGGGAAAGAGUUAUUCAUCAAUUUUUUUGUGAUGUCCCUCAAAUGUUGAAACUUGCCUGUUCUUAUGAAUUCAUGAAUGAGAUUGCAGUGGCUGCAUUCACAACCUCAACAGCAUUUAUCUGUCUGAUAUCCAUUGUGCUCUCCUACAUUCGGAUCUUCUCAAUGGUGCUGAGAAUCCCAUCAGCAGAGGGCAGGACCAAGGUCUUCUCCACCUGCCUACCACACCUAUUUGUAGUCACCUUCUUCCUCUCAGCCGCGGGCUUUGAGUUUCUAAGACCUCCUUCAGAUUCCCCAUCAGCUGUGGAUCUUAUGUUCUCCAUAUUCUACACUGUAAUACCUCCAACGCUCAAUCCAGUCAUCUAUAGCUUGCGAAAUGAAGCCAUGAAGGCAGCUCUGAAGAAGGUGCUGUCAAAAGAUGAAUUUUCUCAGAGAAAAAUGUAUUUUAAAGCAAUUUUUAAACUCUAA